AUCUUCUUCCUUUCUACAGUCCUGUGUCCUUGGACUUGGGCAUUGUUUUUGGCCCGUAACAUCAUGCCUCCUAAGCAGCCCGCGAAGGGCAGUAAGACGCCCGCCAAGUCCCAGAAGGCGAAGCCGACUGGCUCUGGAAAGGCCAAGAAGAAGAAGUGGUCUAAGGGAAAGGUCCGUGACAAGCUCAACAACUUGGUGCUUUUCGACAAGGGAACGUACGAGAAGCUCUACAAGGAAGUCCCCAGCUACAAGCUGAUCACUCCUGCUGUUGUGUCCGAGCGUCUGAAGAUUCGUGGAUCUCUUGCCAGACGUGCGUGCAGAGAGAUGGUGGAGAAGGGGCUGAUCAAGGUCGUCUCUCAGCAUCACAGACAGGUCAUAUACACACGCGCAACCAAGGGCUCAGACUAAAUGGAGGUUCUUAUUCAAUAAACCGUGGAUCACCACCAA